AUGUCGCUUGAAAGCAGCUCUCGUCUUUGGAUCACGAUCGUGAUCGUGUUGUGUUUGGUGAGUGGACACGUUUUCGCCCACGGACAUCAUCAUCCGAAACCGUUGAAGUACAGCUAUGGAAUAUAUGCACCAACAGGAUGGACGGUGGCGUUGUACAUUUGGGUGCUGGUAAAAAUGGGCUUCAUCUUGGGCGCUUUGCUUCUGCUGUUGUUCGCGAAAAAGUGGAACAAUAAUGGCCAAUCGAUCUACGUGGGAGGUGGCCCAGCGUUCUACCACCGACGAUCGCUGGACGCUGCGGAAUAUAAUCUUUUCCGGCACAGGAGCACAAGAGACGUGCAGCUUUACUGGAACGAUAGAAUUAGUGCGUUAAGUGAUAGUUUACAGCAGGAUGGUUAG